AUGAACAGUAUAGCCAUAACGGUAUCUAUCUUUGAAAAAUUUGAAAUUCGUUCAUGUGUGAAAUGGAUAUUAGCGAAUGAAUUUAAAUGUUUGGCCUUACAAUUUCCAGAUAAUGAUCUCAGUUAUUCUGCUGAUGUUUUGUCAUGUUUACAAUCAGAAUUAACGAGCAAUGUUGUAGAAUUUUACAUAAUAGGUGAUACAAAUAAUCAGUGCUGUAACGAUUUGAUAAAUGUUCAAUAUUGUCAUGCUGAAGCUCUAAUCCACUACGGUCACUCUUGUCUCUCAGCAACAUUGCCAUCUCCGUUACCGAUUUACUAUGUAUUUUAUCAACAACCAUUAGAUAAUUUGACAUUUCCUCAUAGCGAUAAAUUUUGUCUCGUCUAUUAUGAUCCAUGUUAUUCUGAAGCGAUUGAUAAAUUAAGAAAUGAACAAUCGUUAGAACGUAUAAUUUAUUCAAGAAUUGAUGUUUUAACCAAAGAGAAAAAUGAUAAUCAGUUUACAUUAUAUGGUCGUUCAGUAUCUUCAUUACCACACGAUUUAGAUUCAUCACUUUAUUCUAUCUUCUAUAUUGCACGUGAUGCAGAUUCAAUGUCAUUAACUAAUUUUCGUCUUUAUUUUCACACCUAUGAAUUUUAUUCUUACAAUUUUCAUUCAAAACAAUUUGAUCUUUAUCCAUCAACAUCGAAACAACUACAAAAACGUUUAUAUUUAAUUGAAUGUGCUAAACAAACAUCUGUUUAUGGUCUAUUAGUAAAUUCUACAUCACUGUUAAAUCAGUCAGAUACAAUUCAUCGAAUACUAUCUUACUUGAAACAAUUAUUUCAUAGAAAUGAUAAAACAUACUAUAUUCUCUUAAUGAACACAAUGUCAAUAUCAAAAAUGAAUAAUUUUUCAUCAAUUAAUUGUUAUGUUCUUUGUUCAUCAUGUUCAGAAAAUCAAUGGUAUCAACAAAAACAAUUUAAUAUACCAUUAAUUAGUGUCUAUGAUUUAUAUUUAGCUUUUAGUAGUGAUAAUAGUUGGAACAACUAUUCACUUGAUCUUGAACAUAUUUUAAAACACCUUAGUACAUUUGAAGAAGAUAAAGAAGAAUAUUUAUCGACAAAAACGAACGAAUUAGUAUUGAAACAUCCAAAUCAUCUUGUACAAAUGAGUGAUAGUAAUCAUCAACCGUAUCAGCGAACAUGGUGGGGACUAGAAUUAACGACAUCAAAAACUUCUGUAGAUGAAAAUGAUCAAAAAUCAGUUGCAGAAUUAAAACAUGGAAAAUCUGGAAUUGCAGCAGGUUAUGAUCAUGAAUUAAUAUGA